AGUUGUUUGUUUUGGCUUCAGAGAGAGCUCUUCCCGUAAACCGAAGGGAGUCGGACUGAACUUUGCCUGAUAAAUCAAAGCAUGUGAUUACUUUAGACCGUACUAAAACAUUAUUACAGAGCGUGAAGUCCGGACAUAAAACAUUAAACGUGAGUGUCUUGCUCCCAUUGAACUAUUACCUGUAACACUUCACGAUAGCAGCUUAUUUAUCUAGGCUACUGUCCUGGCUCUGAAGCACGUGUUACUUUACUCAUCCUAUUGCAGCACUAUAAAAUAAAUAGUGAGUAAUCUGUUUUAUUGUAACAAAUCGGAACGUUCUGUUCAAUGUUCACAGACAGGAUUUGGUGAUUUGCAAUAAUUUUCAGGCUGUUUUCAAAGGAUAGUAGGGGAGAGUGGGGUAAGUUGAGCCAAAGGGUUGCUUUUUGCUUGAAAAUAGUGAAAGAAAUUGAUCAUGUGACCAAAUAUUUAGGCGAUGGGCAUCAAUACAUGGAGUCUGUGAAGGUUAGAAGCACAUGGGUGAAGGGGUUAGACAUUUAUUUAUAUAAAAAAAACAUUUUUCACUCUUGAAAGUGAAUUUAGUCUGUCAUAAGUUUUACUAGAAUUGUGUUCAGACCAAAAAAGAUCAUUUUAAAUUUGUUUUAUACGUCAAUUGUGGUAUCUAUGAGCUACAACAUGAGGUCAAAAACCUAACAUAAAAGUUCACCAUUUUAGCUUAGAGGACUACUAAAGUCAUGAUAGGGAUACGGCUCAACUUACCCCGCUUCUAUGGUCAACUUACUCCAUACACGGGGUAAGUUGACCAUAGGAGACCACUUUUUUUUGCAUGCUAUAUUAUCAAGACAGUUAUGUUUACACUCAUUCUGUUGGUUUGCAGGGAUGCACAACAUCUCCCCAUAUCAUUACGGAUGCCGGUAUCUGAGCUGUGACAAAUUGGUGUCACAGACGGUGGUUUUGAGGAGUGAUUUUUAGCCCAUGUGGUGAUGUCUACUACAGAGUUAUAUCUGAUUUAAAUGCAGUUCCACCUGUUUCUUCAGCAGCUCCACCCACAGCCCAUUGCACAAGAGUCAGGUCCCAAAAAAUGCGUUACUGAUGGUCUUUUUGCUUUUGUACAUCAUGGGAAAACAACAACAUGAAUUGCAGUUUAUUUCUUAAAUGUCACAGAACUCUUCACAGCAGAUUUCAAUUCUGUCUUAAAUGAACAUUUUACACUAUAUCCUAAACUCUUUUGGUAUCAGGUUUGAAUUUUAAAGGUGUCUCUGCAUUCAUAUGUCCCAUUUUUUCCUUAUUCCCUUUUUACAGAGGUGCUAGCUGUGAUCUUGAGACUCCUCCAUGGGCUUAUUGAGUGCAGGUCAGCUUGCAGUGAGAGUUGUCAGAUGCUCCUUAAGUUCUUUUUCAAAACCCAAAUCAUGGCUGUCCACCAAAGCCUCCCAUUUGGGAGACAAGAACAUUGUUCUCAUGGGUCCCCCUGGAGCUGGGAAAACCACAGUUGGCAGGAUGGUGGCCCACAGACUGGGACUCCCUGCUGUUGACGUGGAUGAUGAUGUCCUGGAGGCGGCGUGGAAGAUGCCCGUGGCUGCCAAGCUGGCUGCAGUUGGUGGCGAGCGAUUCCUGGAGGAGGAGGGUCAAGCUUUGUGUAACUUCUCCACCUCUGGGUGUGUCGUAUCCCUCACAGGGUCCAACCCUCUCCACUCUGCAGCGAUGCAGCACGUCAGCGACUCCGGGCUCGUCGUCUACUUGGAUGUGGACAGUGAAGACAUCAUCCAGAGACUGACCAGGAUGAAGGUGAACAGGAUUGUGGGGCAGGAGGCAGGGGUGCCCAUGAGGGACAUUCUGCUUUACAGGAAGCAGUUUUAUGAGAAGUGGGUGGAUGUGAGGGUGCUGUGUGGAGCAGGGGACACGGUGGAGGAGGUGGCUGAGAAGGUUUUGAAAGCCGUGGAGAGAUAUCAAAACCACGCAGAAGAAAGCUACAUGUCAACAAGGUGUGAUGGCGAGGUAUCAUCCAAACAGAAAACAUACUUUAGUGAUGUUGUAAUCGAGGGUCUCGCCAACGAUGGAGGCCUCUAUGUUCCCAAAAAUGGUUUCCCAAACAUGACUGCGAGUGAAUGGCUCAGAUUGGUAGACAUGUCCUACCCAGAGCGAGCUUUAGUGUUGCUAGAAAAGUGCAUCCACCCUUUAGAAGUGUCUGCUUCAGAUCUGAGGAAAAUGGUCUUCAAAGCAUACGGGUCAAACUUUUCAAGCGAGUUAGUAGCACCUGUGAAACAUCUCAUGAAUAAUCAGUUCGUCCAGGAGCUUUUCCACGGCCCCACGGCUUCAUUUAAAGACCUCGCCCUGCAGCUCAUGCCCCAGCUCUUCGCCCACUGCCUCCCUCCGAUGUGCAACUACCUCAUCCUCGUCGCCACAUCAGGGGACACAGGAAGUGCAGUACUGAGUGGUUUCGAUGGUCUCACCGGCACAGAUAGACACAGGACCGGGGUGUUGGUGUUUUUCCCAGAGGAAGGUGUGAGUGAGAUCCAGAAGCUUCAGAUGACGAGCUACAGGGAGGGAAACGUGAGAGCCGUCAGUGUUUGUUCAGACUUUGACUUCUGCCAGAGGUCGAUAAAGAGGAUGUUCGGGGAGUCUGGGCUGACGGGGCACCUCGCUGUGGAGUACGGGACAGUCCUCAGUACCGCCAACUCCAUCAACUGGGCACGGCUGCUGCCACAGGUGAGCAGGUCAAAAAAUAGAGCGACAAGAUAAGUUCAUAAAUCUCUGUUUAUAGCAGAUAUUUUCAGUAAAUCAGGAAAGAUUCAGGUGUUUCUUCAUACAUGAAAGCUCAUACUUACGGAAUCAGAUUUGUGUCAAAAAUAAUCGAACAAAACUUCUUCAACAUCAAACAAAAAUAAGAAUUUGAGAGAGUAUGUGUAGCUGAUAAAAGGUUCAUAUUACAUCCGCCGACAACACUUUAACUUUUUAGUGAAACCCUGUGAUUUUAGUUGCUUGUUUUCCAAAUGAUCUAUCACCACAGAACAAUCGAGUAACAGAGUUCAAUUCAAUCGAUCAUCAUAAGUUUGCGUUUUCCGCAUUGAAAUGAAAUCACUCACCAGUCAAACGUUUCGGUUGAUAAAAUGUUUAUAAGGUCUAUUCAACAUAAAUGACACUAAAAGAUAUCUACUUUCAUGCAAUUCUCGGCAGGCAUGCGUUUCUGGGUACAACACCGGCCACUGAGCUGUCACUCAAAAACUCACAAGCCAAUGGCGCCGCACCCCUUAAAAGUCCUGCCCACGUGAGAGGUUUGUGUCAAAUGAGAGAGCUGGCAGUGAGAGCAUAAAUCUGGUCAGCGAGAAAUAACCAGAGGAGACUGUAAACAAAAGGAUAUAUAUCAAAAAGUAAAAGACCAGUGGUUUAUACAAUUGCACUAAUAAUUUGUUUCCAAGUUACCAGUUUUACUUUUGAGAUUACUUUUUUUUUUUUUUUGCUUCAGUGAGUUUUAUUCUCUCUCAAAUUCUUAUUUUUGUUUGAUGUUGAAGAAGUUUUGUUUAAUUAUUUUUGACACAAAUCUGAUUCCGUACAUACUGUGCUCUGUUUAAGUGUCUCAGUAAGCAGGAACCUGAAACAAAACAGAUGGAGUGCAAAAUCUGAUUUUGACCGAACGACUCCUCAUGAAAACUGGAGAAGAUUUCUGACACAUCCCAACAAAAAAAAAAAAAAAAUCAACUGUUUUAUUGUUUAUUGUUCUAUUGUUCUAUUGUUUUAAGAUACUAUGAGUCAAAAAUAAGACCUAAAUUGCUUCUAAAUCAAUCUGCUGAUAUUGCAAAAUGUAUGUGAAAUGUACUUGCUUGAUUUUUUUUGAGAUGAGGAAAAUUAAUUAAUUUAAGUGAAUUUUCUUAAAUCUCUUUUGCAGAUUUAUUGUGUUCUCUACAGGCAAUCCAGGUCUUAAUUUUGGCUCAUUGUAUAUGAAGAAGGAUAUUUAUUGGGACUUGUCAGGCAAAAGAAGCUUAUAAUAAGUCUAAUGAGAUAUUUUCUCUAGAAACAACAAAAUCACUUGAGUAGUUUUGUGUUUUUUUGCCGUGCAGACAGUCAUUACUGUUUGUUAAAGCAGUAAAAAGUUAGUGUAUUUGACAACAUUUCUGAUCUUCUAAUUACUUUCUAACACAUUUAUUUUAAUUUCAACAAUUCUACCAAAAACUGUCUUUGUCUUAUGAUUUUCAACCUCAGGUAUGACUCAGUUAAGUCCUUUUUUCCUCCCUUCAGGUGGUCUAUCACUCCUCAGCUUAUCUGGAUCUGUGCAGAGACGGUGUAAUCAAGUUCGGGGAGCCCAUCGAUGUUUGUAUCCCCACCGGUAACUUCGGUAACGCCAUGUCAGCUGUGUACGCCAAACAGAUGGGCGUCCCGAUAAGAAGAGUCAUCUGUGCGUCCAAUCACAACCACAUCAUCACAGACUUCCUCACCACAGGAGAGUACGACCUCCGAGGUCGGCCUUUGAUCCCCUCCCAAUCCCCCGCCAUAGAUAUCCUCAAAUCCUCCAACCUGGAGCGGUUCAUCCAUCACGCCUCACACGGGGAUGGCCAUCUUGUCAGGGGUCUGUUCUCCGGUUUAGAGCGACAGCAGCACUUCCAGGUUCCUCGGCCUCUUCUCAGCAGGAUGCAGCAGGAAGUGCAGGCCGGCUGGUGCUCUGAGAACGACUGCCUGGCCGCCAUACGGAGCCUUUACACACAGACAGGCUACGUCAUGGACACUCACACCGCCGUGGCUAAAGUGGUGGCUGACAGGCUGCAGGACGGCUCGUGCCCCGUGGUGAUCUGCUCCACCGCGCACUACGGGAAGUUCGCCCCAGCUGUGCUCAAAGCCUUACAAAUCCAGAAUAUUCCAGAAGACCCCGUGGAGCAGCUGAGGACACUCGCAUCGACCGUGAAGAAACCAGAAAUACACCGGGACAUGAUGAAACGCCUGCAGGAGAGCGGCGUGAGAGGACAUAGGAUGUGUCAGGCAGAGUACGGUGAGCUGGUGGAGGAGGUGGAGGCCAUGAUCCAGGACUCCUUCCUUAAAGUUCUGUAGGAUUUUAAAGUUUUCACUGUGAACUCAACAAAACUAACUUUUUUUAAACCGGACGUGUGUCAGAACUGAAGACUCGUCACGUAGUUUUUCACACCAACCAGAACCGACCACAGCGUCCGUUAAUGAUUUGUCUCUCUGCAGCUGUCAGUGGAGUCAUUUAAGACCAGGUGCUGCCUCAGCAGGCUGGGGAGGAUAAGUUUCAUAGAUCUGCAGGAUUGCUUAUCACUGCAGAUGUUGAAAAAGAUGAAAAGUCGAGAUGGUAACUAAGCACUUUUAGUGCUCAAACUCUGAUCUAGAUCAUCGUCUUUCUGUGUCUUUGCCAGGUCGUAGGAGAAAAGUGUUUUUCCACUUUUAUACCUGAGUUUGCCCUUUACUAUACUUCUAAACACACACUUUAUAUAUCUGUAUUCAUAGAUGAGAACCCAUUUUCAUCAGCAGCCUUUUAAAAAUAUACAAUACUUUUAUGAUACCUGUCAAUUAACAACUAUACUGCUCAGUUUGACCCUUAAGGUGUGUGUGAAUAACAAUCACUCGUGUGUGAGCUGCUAUAGAAGUGACCUACUGCCCUAAAUUUGACAAUGAUAUGACCCCCUUAAUGCACAUUAAACUUUAUACUGACUAAGAAUCAAACAAGUGUCAGCUCAUUAAAAUCACGCGAGCAGAUCUGAGGAAGUCAUAAUAUAUCAGGUGGAGUAAACGUGGAGACAUAAACCUCUUCUAAACUGUGCCACCGUUCCAGCAUGUGCUCGAACUGGGACUGGUCCAAAUGUGACGUGGAUGAUCAAAGUUAAAAAACAUGUUUUAUUGAAUUGUUUGAACUCCUUCAGACUAUCAAAGUGAACGGUUUCCUGCUUUGUUGACAAAAACUGAAUGGAAUGAAACAAGCUAAUCUUUAACACAUUUCAAGGUCAAUCGAAGAGUUUAGUGGUAUAAACUUUGGUUUUACUGUAUUGUUUGUGUGAAUUUACUGUGUUUAUUUCCAGCUCUGAUGUUUUUGAAAGUAUGGCGUUAAAAUAAAGCGAAUUUUAUCAGACUU